CGCCUGUUCUAAUUUAGCGUCAUUGACUCUACCGAAAUACCGUGUUACCAUAACAACCAAGACAAAACACCACAUGCGCGUAGCAGCAGUUCUUUCAAAAGAUGAAGACAAAAAAAGGCAGGGGCUGACUCGUCGUUUGCCCUGGAGCAAGAAAGCCAGAGAAUGGAGGAGCGACUGCAGGUGCUCAAGAAGAUGAUGAGCAUUGAAAAGGCUUCACGGGAGUCCACACCGGGAACUCAUUUCUGGGGAUCCAGCAACACCCCUUCUCGGUCUCAUUCUGGUUCCGAAACCGGAGAUCAGGAACCGGGACAUGGAACUGGGACAAAGAGACAGCAAUUGCCUCCGAGGGUUAAAUUUCUGACGGAGGAAGUGGUUGGAGGGAGAGAAGGGUUAAAAUGGAGGAGGUGUGGGCAGUGCGAGAAACCGUCCGCCAAAGUGGUUUGUAUUGAGUGUGGGGAGAACUAUUGCCUGGCCUGCUUUGCCAGAUUCCACCAGAAGGGAGCUCUCUCCAGACACAGAGUCAAACCUAUCAAGCAAAUGAAGGGAAAAGUAAGAGAAGUGAACGUGGGAAAGACAUCGUGUGGCACAAGUACAACUGAACCCAGCGGUGUAUCCUCAGAGAGAGGCACAGAGAACGCAGAGGGAGAGAGACACGAGGGUGGGAAAGGGAAGAAAGAGAGGAAGGAAAGAGAUGAUGUAAGGGAGGCAGAAAGCUGGAAAUCUCUGUGGGAGGGAGAGUAUGAUGAACAAGCAUCUGCUCAGUCGUUUCAAGAGGCCCUGGCAGAAUGGCGGGCCACAUGUGCAGAACCAGUAGUAGUGGCUCAGGCUACCUCAUGCAGCACACAGACUACAGUUGGAGUCACUCAACCGACCACCACAGUGCCAGCAGACCCAGAGAAAGAGGUCAGUUUUGGAAAACACAGCGGCGGUGGCGUCAGCUACUUUGAAAAGAUGGUGCUCCGUCGACUCCACACGAACCCCCACUCCCUCCUCUCCUCUCACCCCAACACCCAUCAAAAACAACUCCAAAUGGCUGGAACAAUUAUUGAUUCAGAAGAAGAGGAAACUGUUGGGGAGAGUGUGUGCCCUUCGCAGUACAAUCUGUUCCAUACCCAUGGAAGCAAUGAGCCUGGGCAAACACAGAAUUCACUUCUCAUUCCUCGUGUGUCUGACUCGACUGAUAUCCCAAGACCAGCUUCCAGCGUGAAAAUAGAAGAGGUUACAUUUGUCGACGGCCACAGUAGUUCAAGAGCGGCAGAUGAGGAGGUUCCAGACGCACAGAGCACGGUAAAGAAAGAUGUAUCCAGUACACUAAGACACCCCAGAGAGAGGGAGGAGAAGGGUAAGAGGCGCCCACUGCAGAAGCAGUACCGGGCAAGGAAAAGGCAAAAAGCCUCGGACCCCACUUCUACCAACCACAGACUAAACAAGAGAAAGGGUGGCUCUUCGUCUAUUCAACAAACUUUCUCACAGACGGUUGGAAGAAUCUUUGAACACCACACCAAACCUGGUUCGUCCAUUAGGCCUCACUCUGACGGAAAACUCACCGAUUUUUUCCUCUCCGGGGUGGAAGAAAGCGACACUCCAAGAGAGAAAAGAACUGGGGACGAGGAGGGAGAGAGUAGUGUAAGUGGACCAUCUCUCUUACCCAUCUCAGCCACGGUAUGGCUACCAGACAACAGUUUGGCACCCGACAGAGAUGAACCAGGCAACACCACAUGUGUAGGUCCUCUGACGACGUGUGUAGAUCCUCUUGACCACUCAGUCUACUGUAUUGAAACUGACCUACCACCUCCUAGUAACACCGCCACUAGAAUAUCAAGCUCGGUGGAUCCCUUUGGAGAGACGCCCGAAAGUGAAAGCGAAACAGACGGAGAAGAAUUUGGAGAUGAUUCCAGUGAUUCUGAGGAACACACGAGCGAGGAUUACGGUAAGGAUUCCGAGACGUUGGAGGAUUUGGCUUGGGAGCUGCAGAGCCUAACGAGUGGGCGGGGCACUCGGUGUGAGCUGGGUGAUGGUGUCGAGGACGUAGGAGAGUGGGAGAAAGGGAGGGAUGAGCUAGAAGCUGAGAUGGAACGGGCAAAGACCAGUUUUGAGAUUUACCAGCAAGAGCUGAUGCAACAAGAUUCUGACUGAACUCCACACACUCUAGCAUCUCUCUUUAAUGUUAGUUGUGUGUGUAUGUGUGUGUUGUUGUUUCACA